UUUAAAGUAAACGACUGGGUUAAUGCGCUUCCAUCGGAUGCCUUGAUGUUUCUGUAACGUCUGCUUUGUAACAGUGUAACGCUUACACUGUGUGUGUUCAUGACACGAGUGUGUUGGAGUCCACAGUGACGCGUGUUUUCAUGAUGGAGAUUCUGGGCAGCACGUUUGAUGAUUCGGUGUUUGAAGAGUCGCGGGACAGAAGAGUCUCCGCCGCUCUGCCCACAUACCAGCCCAAAAUCUGCGAGCCUCUGUGGUUUUGUGGAGAUGGAAACGAAGAGGACGCACUAGAAGAGCAAAAAUCCUUGAAGUUUCGAGGCGAUCUGGCCUACAGGAGGAAACAGUAUCAGACCGCUCUGGAUGAUUAUGCGUCCUGUCUCUCUCUCAUACCUGCUGGAAACACAUCAGUGAAGAGAGACGUGCUGGAAGGAAUCGCACGAUGCUGCUGUCAUCUGGGCAAAAAAGAUGAGGCCCUUAAUGCGUGUGAGAAACUGAGGACAGACAUAUCGAACACCUGCCACCUCACCUGCGUCCUGCAGCUGGAGCUCAGUGUUCAUGAGCAUUACAGAGAUCUGACAAGCAGCAUCUCCAGCCUCCAGCAGCUCUGUUGCCUUCAUCCGUAUCAUCUGUGGCACUGGCUGAAUCUGGCCACCAGCUUUCAGAGACUACUGGAGUCUGAUAACCAUCCAGAGACAUCCAGCGAUGAGGAGAAACAUGAAAAACAGCAGGAGACUAAGAACAUUUUAAGACUCAAGACCAUCAUGUGCUUGAUCAGAACAAGGAUGCUGAUUGAAAUCCUCCGGGUUCAGCAGUUCUCGUUUGUACUGGAAAACAGCCUAAGAGCAUUACAAGACAUUGAGGAAGCUCUACAUGUCCUGCAACCAACAGAGAAGAUACUUCAGACAGUCUCUGAGGUGAUGGCAGAAGACCUCAAUCCAGAGAAGAUGAGGGAGGAAACCCAAGAUGGAGAGAGUUUAUCAGGUCUCUGUGUUAAAGACUUUGACGAGAGAUGGUGGAACAAACUCCACAGCAAACUGCAGGAGGACACAACAGCUUUAACAUUUCACACAAACCUGCAGGAGAUAUAGCAGUAAUACAAAUAUUGUGCCUUUUAGAAAAAUGAAUGUGAAUCUUAUACUUAAAUAACAUCUAUGAUACCGUUACAAAGCAGAAUAAAGUUGAAUGUUUCAAAAUGAA